GAAGAGAAAAGAAAACAUAAAAAACCAAACCCAUCAAAAACCCUUCUUCCUCACUCCAUUUCUCUCUCUUAUCCAAUCUGUCACCUUAAACUCAACAAUGUCGUCCUUCACUGCCUCUAACAACCUCAGCACCGCCAUUCUACCCUCUCGCCGGAGCAAACUAUCUCCAUCUCCUUCCAUCAAAUGCAACCUUUCACCUUCCAAACCUAACGAUUCAAAUCCCUCUGCGCCUGCUCCACCGCUUUUCAAAGCCAUCGCCAUCUCCUCCGCAGCCUCCAUUCUCCUCCACUGCACACCUCUCACCCCCUUCCUCUCUAACCCCCUCGCAGGCGGAGGGAACAGCGGCGGCGGCGGAGCCGGUGGAGAUGGAGGAUGGUUCGGCGGAAAUGGAGGCGGGGGCGGAGAAAACGGAGGGUUCUUGUCUAGAAUGUUCGCUGCUAUUGCGGACGAAUCUCAGUCUCAGGAGUGGGAUUCGCACGGCUUGCCAGCGAACAUCGUUGUCCAGUUGAACAAAAUGAGUGGGUUCAAGAAGUACAAGGUUUCCGAGAUCAUGUUCUUCGAUCGGAACAGGAGAGUGAAAGUGGGCUCCGAGGAUUCGUUCUUCGAGAUGGUUUCGCUGAGGCCUGGUGGGGUUUACACGAAGGCGCAGCUUCAGAAGGAGUUGGAGACUCUCGCAACUUCUGGCAUGUUUGAGAAGGUUGAUUUGGAGGGGAAAACCAACCCUGAUGGGACAAUUGGGGUUACCAUUUCGUUCAGCGAGAGUACGUGGCAGUCUGCGGACGGGUUUCGCUGCAUCAAUGUGGGGCUCAUGCAGCAGACAAAGCCUGUUGAGAUGGAUUCGGAUAUGACUGAUAAGGAGAGGUUGGAGUACUAUUUGAGUCAGGAGAGGGAAUACAAGAGGAGAAUCGACAGGGCGAGGCCGUGUCUCUUGCCGAAGUAUGUGCACGAUGAGAUUCUUGAAAUGCUCAAGAGACAAGGCAUGGUCAGUGCUAGGUUGUUGCAGAGGAUCAGGGACCGAGUGCAAAAAUGGUACCAUGAUGAGGGCUAUGCGUGUGCUCAGGUGGUUAAUUUUGGGAAUCUUAACACCAAGGAAGUUGUUUGUGAGGUUGUUGAAGGGGAUAUCACCAAAUUGGAUAUUCAGUUCCAGGAUAAGCUUGGCAAUGUUGUUGAAGGGAACACUCAAGUGCCAGUGAUACAAAGAGAGCUCCCUCGGCAGCUACGCCCAGGUUUCACUUUCAACAUUGAAGCCGGGAAGCAAGCUUUAAGAAAUGUGAACUCCCUUGCUUUGUUUUCAAAUAUUGAGGUGAAUCCAAGGCCUGAUGAAAAAAAUGAAGGAGGUAUAAUUGUGGAAAUUAAGUUAAAGGAGUUAGAACAGAAGUCGGCUGAAGUCAGUACUGAGUGGAGUAUUGUCCCAGGACGGGGAGGGCAUCCCACCCUGGCUUCACUUCAGCCAGGUGGUACUGUUAGUUUUGAACAUAGGAAUCUGCAAGGGCUGAAUAGAUCUGUUAACGGUUCUAUAACAACUAGCAACUUCUUGAAUCCCCAGGAUGAUCUUGCAUUUAAGCUAGAGUAUGUGCAUCCAUAUUUGGAUGGUGUGUACUAUCCACGUAACCGUACUCUCCGUGUAAGCUGCUUCAAUAGCCGAAAGCUGAGUCCUGUGUUCACUGGGGGACCAGGUGUGGAUGAAGUGCCCCCAAUUUGGGUUGAUCGUACCGGUGUUAAAGCUAAUAUCACAGAGAAUUUCACACGUCAGAGUAAAUUCACCUAUGGACUUGUAAUGGAAGAGAUAACAACACGUGAUGAAAGUAGUCAUAUAUGUUCAAAUGGUCAAAGAGUAUUACCUAGUGGAGGAAUUAGUGCUGAUGGACCUCCAACCACUCUCAGUGGUACUGGCAUUGAUCGCAUGGCAUUUUUACAGGCAAAUAUCACACGCGAUAACACACGUUUUGUGAAUGGAACUGUUGUUGGAGACAGAAAUAUGUUCCAGGUGGAUCAAGGCCUUGGCAUUGGCAGUCAAUUCCCGUUCUUUAAUCGUCACCAGCUAACUGUGACACGAUUCGUCCAGUUGAUGUCCGUGGAAGAAGGGGCUGGUAAACCACCACCACCAGUUCUUGUCCUCCAUGGGCACUAUGGUGGUUGUGUAGGUGAUCUCCCCAGCUAUGAUGCCUUUACUCUCGGGGGUCCCUAUUCUGUUAGGGGAUACAACAUGGGUGAGAUUGGAGCGGCUAGAAACAUCCUCGAGCUUGCAGCUGAGUUACGGAUACCUGUUAAAAGUACGCAUGUGUAUGCAUUUGCAGAACACGGCAACGACCUAGGGAGUUCAAAGGGUGUGAAAGGGAAUCCUACAGAAGUUUACAGGCGACUUGGUCAUGGGUCGUCUUAUGGUCUUGGUGUCAAACUUGGUCUAGUCAGAGCAGAAUAUGCCGUUGAUCACAACUCAGGAACUGGUGCAUUAUUUUUCCGUUUUGGAGAGAGGUUCUGAGGUGCAAAUUAGUGACAUUAGUAUAUUGCACAGUCGGCUUUCUUCUUUUGGUUAGUGGGGUUUCGAGGUUAUAGAUACUCAGAAGUUACGUGUACCAGACCAGUAGACUCGCUGUUUUUGUUUGUUUCUCAUAAAAUUGGUAGAGGGUUCUGCGUAAUUAUUACCAUUGUCAUGAAUUGGAUUUUAUUUUUGCGGCUAGUCAUCAAUGCACAGUCCGUGAGAAAAAAAUGGAUCCUAAUAUUCUCUUAAAUAAAUUUUAUUUCUGUUAAA